AUCGCCUUUAACGCCUUUUUCCACCUUCCCAAAUAUGUCAUGUUGCAAUGAUAUCACGCCUUGCAGCGUCUUCAGGUUGAGUUGAUCUUCUUUUAUUCCUAUGUUUGCAGGUUGAAAGGCAGUGGGUGUUAGAGUGGACACCAACAGCGACGGCCGUAUUGUCCAGUCCAGUGUGUUCCCGGCGAUGUCAGGAGAUCUUGUGCAGAGACUCCGCACCUUCAUCACCAGAGUCAAGCACCUGGGUCACCUGGACAUCACUCCGGCCGCCUUGCCGCUGCCCAGCCCGACCGUCUCCUACGCCCAAGUGCCCGACUUGUUCCAGGAACCCUACGUCCUGUCGGGCUACCGUCCCGUCCGGCAGAAGUGGCACUGUUACCUCCUCAGCCUCUUCCAGGUACACAACGAAAGUCUCAACGUGUGGACUCACUUGCUGACCGUACCCGUGUUGCUGCUCCACUGGCGGGUCCGAGCGGGCGCCCUGGGGUUCAGCUUGGGCGCAGCCUCCCUGCCGCUGUUCCUGUUCCUGGUGUCCUCGCUGAUGUAUUUGCUCCUCAGCGCCGCGGCUCACCUGUUCCAGUCGCACUCUGAGCACGCGCACUACUUCUUCUUCUUCAUGGACUACGUGGGCGUGGCCGUCUAUCAGUACGGCUGUUCCCUCGGACAUUACUUCUACGCGUCCCAGUCGGCGUGGAGGAGCAGCUGCCUCGGACAGCUCUUCCUGCCCGGAGCCGCUUUCUUCGGCUGGCUGUCCUGCGCCGGCUGCUGUUUCGCCAAAUCCCGAUACCGCCGACCGUACCCCGUGGGCAGGAAGGUGUGCCAGCUGAUCCCGACCUCGCUGGCGUACGCGCUGGACAUCAGCCCCGUGCUCCACCGCCUGCUCACCGCUUCCUGGGCGGAGGAGCCCUCGCUGCCCUUCCACGCGCUCCAGAUCGCAUGCUUCCUGCUGUGCGCCGUCUUCUUCUCCUGUCCCGUCCCGGAGCGCCUCUUCCCGGGCCGCUGUGACUUUGUGGGCCAGGGGCACCAGAUCUUCCACCUGCUCCUGUCGCUGUGCACGCUGUUCCAGCUGGAGGCGCUGUUCCAGGACUACGUCAGGCGGAAGGACACGCUGGUCGAGGUGUUUGGCGAGAUGCAGCUGUGGUGGGCCUGCACCGUCUUCCCGGUUCUGUUUCUGUCUUGCGUUUUGACUGCGCUCCUCGCCAUGAGGCACAAACACAAGCAACUGCAGGUCCAGAAAGAUAAAUGAGUAUGCACACGCUUCACUCGUGGGAGGAGCAAUCGCAUUUAUUCAGAGUUGCU